AUGAUAGGGCACUCAGAGGAAGAGGCAACAUCUCAGUCCACGAAGGAGGGCAGAGAAAAACGUGUAUCAUUUCCCCCAGAUGAGCAGAUGGUGUCUGACUUUGUGGAGAGAAAGGCAGAACUUCAAGAGGCUGACAGUCUCACUUUGACAGAUAUAAUUCUGGCCUACAAGCAGAGCUGUGAAAAGCACCAUGUGAAACCAAACCCAAAGGCUCUUGAUCAAUUAAAGCAAAUUACUUGUGUUACUGACAGAGCCAGGUGUUUUGACCUGUCAGCAAAUGCGUUUGGUAGAGAGAGGGUCACCCAAAGUGUAAAUAGUGGUAUCUCCAUUUUGAUUGCUUUUCCAGGUGAGCGGUUAGAUUAUUGCUCCUGCGAAUCUCUUGAAGAGAUCCUGAAAUCAGUGCAAUUUGAUUUUAUCAGUCUGCAGGGGGCCGAGCUUGAGGAAAAUGGAGCAUCAUCUUUGCUAGAUAUGUUUUUAUACUACGAGUCAGCUACACACCUCGAUGUGUCCUCAAACUCAGGCAUGGGAUUCUCAGGUUGGCUGUCGCUGUCACACCUCCUCCGACAGAGUGGAUGCCUGUGGAGGCUGGAUGCUUGCAACUUGCCUAUGGUGGACUACGCCGCGCAGGCCUUGUCAAAAGCCCUUCUCACCAGCAGGCUGACAGUGCUACACCUUGAAAACACCUGCCUGAGCGGCAAGCCUCUCUUCACACUUGUCGGUGCUCUGAAAAGGAACGUCGCUUUACAGGAGCUUUACCUCUGUGAAAACAAGCUCAACGCCUACCAGGACUCCAUGCAACUUGGCGACCUCCUCAAAUAUAACAGCACUCUUAAAACCUUGGACCUGAGCAACAAUACUGUGUCUGACUCAGGUUUGGAAGAGAUUUGCGAUGCUUUAAGCUCUCAGAAGACUGGCUUGAGAACGCUGAUACUGAGUAACAAUCACAUCACUCAUCUUGGCAUGAACCAUCUACAGAAUGUUCUGCCUCGCUUAAAAACGCUCGAAACGUUGAACCUUGGCAAAAACAACCUUGAGAACAGAGGAGUUCACACGUUAAAGGAGUCCCUCAUGAUCAAUCGCUCUUUAUUGCAACUUGGCCUAGCCUCCACAGGAAUAACAUGCGAGGGUGCUGUGACUUUGGCUGAGAUCCUUGCCGAGAGUCCACAGAUUCAGCGUUUGGACGUACGGCAGAACCAGGUGCUUGCUGGGGGCCUCAUGGCUCUGUCGUUGGCCCUAAAGAUCAACCAUUCACUCAUCAGACUGGACCUGGACCAACAUCUGAAAGAGGAAAAGGAAGACUUUCUGGUCCAAACGCAGAAGAUGCUGCUGAACAGGAUCUCCGAUCUGUGUGCGACAAACGCGUCGACCGCCAAGGGUACGGCUUUGCGGCCUGCUUCUCCAGACCCAGCCGACUGCACCGAGACCACCUAUCCGCUCCCCACCCAAACAGCUGACUAGAAGACAUAUAAGCAUAAUAAUUCUAUGGCAAAUAACGAUAACCAUAAAACUCCAAAUCCUGGUAAUAAAGCCGAAGCCUCUCUCCCUAAUGAAACAGUGGCCCUCCUGCUGUUUCCUGCCUAAUGUUCCCACCGAGGCUUCCUCCACUUUCCAUAAAGCAAUUUUGCAAGCCCACUCCCAACGUGAAUCAUCUCGAAACGAAGAGAAGCCUCUCCCUCCAUCUCUCCUUGUGUCCCCGGAGGGUGACGCUGACUAAAUCUGUGUUGAUACAGAGGUGUGCUCUAAAUCCUGUUUGCUCGGGUUCCAUCUCCCCUAAUAUUCACACUCGUGUAUGAGGCCCCUUCCCUGCCUGCGUCUGCUAAUGUAGCGUAUCGUCGUCUGGAUGACAAGACGACAUCGGCGAGCGCCUCAAACUCCCUCACAUGUAUCGUUUACUGCUGGUGCAGAGAAUCACAAUGUGUGGGAAGGAGAACAUAUGUUAAAUUUAAGAAGCUGGGAUUUACCUCUGCGCGGGUCUUAGUUUACAUGCGCUACUCAACGCUAGCCAACAACAAAGGACGAAUGGCUUUUUCUUUCGGUUUAAGUCGCCGAUGCACAUGAAAAGGUGUUAUAUCUGAAAAUAUAGGCGUCUUUUGUGGAACUCGCACUAAAUACCAUCUGCCGCGUGUCUUUAAAUUCAAGGUAAUUAAGAGUAUGUUUGGUAAAUGAAAAACAACCUUUCUGAAUUGCAAUAAAUGAGAGUUUGAGCGGCGAGAUUGAGUUUGCAAAUUUGAUUUGAAAUUCCUUUAACAUUUCCACAGUCUGUAUGUAAUUAUGGUCUCUAAAAAUAAGCUUGUGCAUUUUUUAAUCAAUUAGAUUUAAUUUCUCCAACACAUGCCAUUAAUUCUAUACCAAUUAAUGGCGUUUACCUAUAAAUUGUUCAAAAAAUCUAACUUUAAACUGUAAAAAAUAAAUAAAUAAAAGCUGAAAAUAUAUUUCUUUUUUUUUAUUAUUUAAAAAUGAAUAAGUAAAGGCCUUUCCAAAAUAAGAAACGUCAGAAAGAUGAAUUGUUCCACACACGUUGCAUAUCAAAAACUUACAGUAUUCGCUCUCGGAGAUUUGAAUGCUUUUCUUGGCAAAUCCCAAAUUACUCAAAGAUUUCUUGAUUGACAGAUGAGGGGGGAUAACUGUAUUUAGCCAGGGACCAUCUUUCCUCGUCUGGCGUGAUUUGGGUCUCAUGGAGGAUUGGCCCCCCUGGUGUCUGGCCCCCUCCUCCUCUCGGCACGGGGCAGGGGCAGAUUGACAGAACAGCAUGGGGGCAAGCGCCGCUGUGCCAACAGCCCCCCCACGCUCUACCUGAUGUUUUUAACAAAGGCUUCCAUCUCACCAACUCCGCUGCCGAACAUCGCCCAGCCAGCUUCAACCCACCCCGGCUCUGGAACAAACAGACUUUGAAACCUGAUCGUAAGGAUGUUGGGAACAGAUGCACAGACGCUGGGAAUGAUGCGGCGUGUACGGCUGUACUCAAAGAUAAAAUGUCAAACAUUUUUCAGUCGGAGCCCAAGAAAUUGGACAGUUGUUAGUAAGCACCUGCUUGCAAUUGACAGAAGGCUAUUGGGGGCUUGUUUUCUAUGUUAUAUAAAUAGAGUUUUGUUUAGGAAGAGACUGGGGCUAGUUGUCACACUUUUUUUUUUUUUUUUUUUUUUUGUGAAUAUUUCAGUGUAGUUUUUUUUCCCCCCAAAAGUAAAUUUCCGUGGAGACACAAACACUGAUAUAAUCGCUUAAAAAAAGUAAUUUAACCAAAAGAAUGGCGAGUUGUCAUAUUAUGUGGGGAAAGUUGUCACAAUCAAAGCCAAGUAAAUAAUUGCUUAACAAAGUCA